CGCUAUCUGCCUCCUCGGAGGUGCUGCUUCGCGCUUCGGAUGCCGCCUUCGUCUUGCGGCAGCGGCAGGGGGCUGGAAGGUCAGCCGUGCAGAUGCACGGUGCACAUCGGCUGCACCCUGGGUGCGUCGCUGCGACGAGGCCUCGAGGAAGCCACAUCGAGGAGCACCCGGCUCGGCGGCGCCUCCACCGGCGCUUCCCCUCUCGCAGCCACCAUCCCCGCCGCCGCAACACCUCUAGCAGCAUGUCGGCGCCCGAGCCCGUGUUCCUCUCGCACUUCCUGCGGCUCGCGCUGCCGCCGCUCAAGGCGCACCCCUUUCCGCCCGAGUUCCAGCAGAAGCUCGAGCCGGCGCCGCCGCUGGCCGCCGACGUGGCGCUGGCGCCGUGGAGCGAGGGCAGCGGCGCCGAGGCGCUCUCCUUCCGCGCCGCCGUGGCGCGCGACCUCGAGGCGCUGCCCGACGUCGAGGCGUACCAGCACCUGCUGCCGCCGCCGGCGUUCCGCGACGGUGACUUGCCCGAGGCGACGAUGCUGCCCACCGUGCACUUCUGGGCCAUCAUCAAUGCCUGGCAGCCGAUGAUGCGCGUCUACAACCUCGAGGAGGAGAUCGGCUUCGGCGGCCACGAUGCGUCCGGCAGUGUGCGGGGCCCGCUGCACGUCGGUGACCACCUGCCGCUGCACGAGGCACAGCGCGUGCCGCGCCAGCUCGUCUUCCGGCGUUCGGCGCCUGAGAAGAUCCUGGCGCCCGUCGUCGUCGCUGCGCCCUGGACGCUCUCGCUGGCGGCGCUGCCGGAGCUGGUGACCAAGCACGCCUCAGCCAAGCAGCUGGAGGCCGCCGCCGCGCAGGAGCCGGCAGCGCGCGCCCUCGCCGACACGCUGGCGUACAUGCAGUCGACGGGCGCAUCCUUUGCGCUGCUCACGACGUACGAGCACUUUGUCUUUCUGCGCAGCGGCGCGCAGGGCGAGGUGCAGGUCAGCGAGCCCAUCGCCGCAGGCGACAAGGACGUCACGGUGUACGCAGCCAUGUGGAUGUGGGGGCGUGACGUGGCCAAGGCGGCCUGAGGUGGCCAGGGAGGUGGCCAGGGAGGCCCGAGGUGCACCUGGCCGAAUGUCACGCUUGCAGCAGCACUCCAUACUGCGUGGCCGCGCGCACAUAAGACUCUAGUGGCUUACAUUCGACUCUAGAGGUUGCCCCGGCCCUCCUCCUGCAGCGCCUUGCCCACGGCGCGGAUCACCUCGGCGUGCACGUCCUUCGGCGCGGCAAUGACGCCGCGGUUGUUCCUGAGCGUGCGGCCCUGGCCAAAGUCAAGGUCACGGCCGCGGCAGUCCGAGACGAUGCCGCCGGCCUCGUGCACGAGCAGGUAGCCCGAGGCGUGGUCCUAGCGUGCUCAGUCAGCGAGCUGAGUGGGCAUUGCCUGGCCUCGCGGCGUCUCACCCAGAUCUUCUCCUGGUAGCUGCCAUCGCCGACCGGCAGGCGCAGGUACACGUCACCGUCGCCGCGUGCGACGCUGGCGUACUUGGCCUGCGAGUCCAUGC